AUGCUUGGUUUUUCUUUUUCUCUUCUUCUACAGAGUGUUUCUAAUCACAAUUUGGCUUCCCCAAGAUUUCUCCUUAGUACCAAGGCUAACCCUUUUGAUUCUGCUGACGAGUUGGAUAACAAUAGUAACAGAACUCGUAAAAACUCUGGCUUAAUAAUAUCUAGAGAACCUUCUAUUGACGUGGGCACGAAUCCUUUUGAUGAAAGUCCAAUUAAAAAUACCUCAUUGGCUGUGACCUAUCUGUCUUCGGCAGACAAAAGCAGAUACCAGAAUGAUUUGGAGCAUGACCUUAGUUGGGUGGAAAAGGUGAAACCAGAUGUUUCCCUCUUAGAUUUAAGUAAUCUUGUGCUGGAGCUGAAGGAUAUGGCUGUGGACAUGGGAUCUGAAAUCGUUAGGCAGAAGAAAGCCCUGGAUCGUUCAGGAUGA